AAUUAGCAUUAUUAUGCUGAAAAAUACAUACCAUAGGGAGUAGAGUUACAGUACAGUACAGUACAGGCCGGGAACUGAAAACUCUAAUUCGGUGAUUUCUAAUUCUUUCUUCACCGGGAAAGGGAAAGGGAAAGGGAAAGGGAAAGAUGAAUGGAACAGCAGCUUUGCGGUGGCAACCAUUUCCAUGUGUACCGCCACCAAACACGCGGAUUCGCCAUCUGCAACGCCAACCGGUAAGACUAGUCGUAACAGUCAAAGCCAAAAAGGAUGCGGAUAGGGUUUGGAAGGAGGCCUGGCGAACUGCCAACGACGGCUUCGACCGCUUCUUCUUCGAAGCCAAGAAGACCGCCGAGCGCAUUGACCGCCGUUACUCCCUCUUUCACCGCCUUUCCUCCGUCGCCAGGUCCGCCGCCGACCGUGUCCGUGAGAUUGACCGCGACUUUGAGAUUGGCAUCCGCUACCGCGCUUUCACCCUCGAUUUUUCCAGAAACUGGCCCAACUACCGGAGACAGCUGAGUAAGUUUAUAGAUAGUCCUGUCGGAAGAAGCUUUGCUACCAUUUUCUUCAUCUGGUUCGCAUUAUCUGGUUGGCUUUUUCGCAUUCUCAUCAUUGCAACCUGGGUGCUUCCAUUUGCUGGACCUCUUCUCAUCGGUACAUUGGCCAACAACUUGGUUAUUAAGGGCGCAUGCCCUAAUUGCAAGACGCAAUUCGCAGGUUACAAGAGCCAAGUCAUUCGAUGUACAAGCUGUGGCAACAUUGUGUGGCAACCUAAGGCCAAGGGGGAUUUCUUUUCAGGCGGUGGUAGAAGAACUUCCUCGUCUAAGUCCGACCCUGAGAUUAUUGAUGUUGAAUUUGAGGAGAAAUGAAGACAUGGCCGAGUCUGCGAUUAUCAUCCUGGAUUUGAUUUCACAAACAGAUGAAUAGACAAUGCAUUGAUAUCACAUUCAUAUUGUGUCUUCGGUUUCUUUAUAAUUGAAGUUUGUUCUUACAUUUGUGCUGUAGGAAGCGCUUACAGAGUUAGUUCUGAUGUAGUACUUGGUUGUAAAUGAUUCUUUAUACUAUGAAAAUAGCGGAGAUGAGAGGGGCAAAAAAAAAAUGAAAAAGAAACAGCCUGUUCUGAUUGCAAUCAGCUUCUGGAGCCAUGUAGAUUUAUAAAAUGCAAGAUCUAUAUAGGCAGGUGGCGUCAAUUUUGUAUCAAAUUGUUUGGGUUACAGAACAUGCAAUCAUAUGAUGAAUAAAGCAUGUUGUUAUCAAACAUACUUUCGAUUAUGAAUGCCCCUUGAUUGCA